ACUUAUAUCAAAACUCUCGUAACUGCGUGUGCGUUUAUUUAGAGCGAGUGUAGUGGUCACGUUCACAGCAGCCAUUUUGAAUUGUGUUAGCAAGGCAGGCAGCACAGGUGUGUUACUGAUAACAUUAAUGACGGCUCUGUACAGUUCAUGUCAGCCAUGUUAGCUGGACAAAGAGGUACAAAUCGACAUCUGAAUCCUUUGGGUUCCAAUGCACCACUGCAGCCCCCCACUGCUGGAAAGGAUAGCAAAGAUCCAGGAGCUCACCACAGCGGACAGGAAAGGAAACACCUGCAAAAAGUGUCCAGCAAAAGAAGCUGCCAGUUUGGGUUGGAAACAAGGUCAGCGCUAGUUUGGAAGGACUGGGACCUGGGAAAGGAGUUCCCCAAGACCUUAGUGUUAAGGAACAUUCAAAACAAGCUACAGAGGCUAUCCGUGAGGCCCCCAGUGUCCAAGUUUUUCACCACCAUAACUACCCCGCAUAUUCUUCUCAGCCCAGGGACUACGUGCUCUAUUCCAAUCAUCUUUACACCACAAAAGAAGCGUGACUAUGAGGACAGCAUUGAGUUUCAAGGUAAAGAUGGAAGCUUCCAAGUACGCCUCCAUGCCACCGUUCCUUGCCCUGCACUGGAGGUGCCUGACUCAGUGCUGCUGCCACUCUGUGCUGUUCAACAUUCCACACAUACUACUUUCCUGCUCAAAAAUGCAAGUAAACUCCAGACAUACUUCCGAUGGGUAUGUGAAGUGCCUUUCCAGCUGAGCCCUGAUCAUGGCCUGUUGAAGCCCAACCAGGAGUGUCAUAUCACUGUGGAGUUCUGGCCGGAGGAGGCUCAGGUGUACCAGCAACAGGCUUAUUGCAAGUUUGGAGAAGAGGACAAGACAGAAAGCUACUGCACUGUGCUACUGCAGGCACAAGCCAAAAACCCAUGUCUGCAGCUGAGAAAUCCCGUGACCGGGAAGGAAAAAGAACACUGGGAUCCAGUUCUGCUCUUUGGCUCUGUAGGUGUUGGCCAGAGUUUACAGAAACACUUUGAUAUCUCCAAUCCCUCCCCUGUAACUGCAUCUUUCUCUUUGUCACUUCUGCCUGGCAUGGUUUCUUUGUCUGGGUCAGUGUUCAGCUGUGAUGUCAUGAAGGGUGAGGUGGCGCCCGGUGGAACACGGCGAGUUGGAGUCACCUAUUCCCCUGCUGUGGUGGAUAUGGUUUCUGUUGAGUACUUAUCUCUUGAAUGCAGAGGGACCCCUGAAGAAACCUUGCUUAAACUCACUGGAAGCUGUAGAGGUCCCAACGUGUCCUUGUCCUCCUCCGUGGUGGACUUUGGUUUUGUUAAGGAAGGAGGAUCGGUCAAACAGACAGUCACACUGCACAAUUAUUCUCCUGUUGAGACCCUCUACCAGUGGGACAUUGAUUGCAAUGGGCACAGUGUAUUCAGUAUCCAGCCAGCAAGUGGCACUGUGCAGCCAUGGAGCCACAUCACAUUGAAUGCAAUCUAUAGGCCUACGCAGCCCAUUGCUCACAACAGGAGAGUGCCUUGUCUCAUACUGCAUGGGAAGCCUCUGUUCCUUGAACUGAAUGGUGCGUGUCACCCUGAAGACUUGGAUUUGCCAGACACUGUCAGGGCAAUGCAGCAAGCCCAUAAGUCCAAUGAAAGACUGGACAGUGGGAUGCUGAAAACACCCAUGGAUGAAUAUUACCAAACUUUUUCUCCGUGCACGGACUCUCCCCAUGUGUGUGUGUUGCCCCAUGAGCUGCUGUUUAAUCACAAAAUUACCAAAUCCUUGACGACUUCAUCCACCUCCUCUCAAUCUGUCGCCAUCACCAACCACACCGCAGAGAAACUCAGCGUAGUGUGGACUAUUGCCAAAGACUCUCCAUUUUUUGUCUCUCCCUUAUCAUCUGACCUGGCUCCGAUGAAGGCCACCUCGUUCAGGGUGACAUAUGACCCCAAGGAACUCAACACAUUGCAUGGAGCACAACUCGAGUGCUUUGCAUACCAUAAAAUGGCUAAUCUCACUGGGGAGCGACUGCUGUGUUCAUGUGUGAUUGUGAGAGUCAUAGGCCACUCAUUUCAGCCUGGUAAAAUACACUUCAACCCAUGCUGCAUUCUGGAACCCCCGCAAGUGGUGUUCACAGGCACAGAUGCCCUUUCCUAUCAGAUGGUGCUCCUAAAGAAUAGUGGGCACCUGCCCCUCACUUUCUGUCUAGGCAGUAGCUCAAAGUCUACGCUGGCAGAGUCGGUGUCCGUAUUUCCAAACUGUGGUCUGAUCCAACCAAGGAAUCACCAAAUCCUCACCCUCAGAAAAACUCCAACAGAAGGCUGUCCCAACGAGGGGUUUAGUGUACAGCUGCAGCUCAACGCGGCCAAAUACACACAGGAAAUGACAGUUGUGAAUGUGGUGGAAAAGUUGAGCAUGUCUCUGGAAGGAGAUGGCAGUUUAAAUUUCCCACCAACAGCGGUGGGCUCGCUAACCAGACGCUCCCACUACAUCAGAAAUCUCAGCAGUCUACCUAUACGGUUCCAGUGGAGCAUUCCAGAGCUUGACAAGGAGCUUAUCACUGUUGCACCAGAUGCUGGGGAACUGAAUUCCAAUGAGAUCUCGAUCCAGACAUGGUCCUUUAGUCCAAUGACAGACAAAACAUACACUAUUGAAGCUAUUCUCACCUUCUGGCUGGUCCAGACCGAUGAACAUAAAAAGUCACACCUCACCCUUAAAGUGGUGGGAAUGGGCUCCAAAGGCUUUAUAAAGGCAGAAAAAGCAGUCCUGGAUGCAGAGGAGAUCCUCGUGGGAAGUUACCAGUCAGUUGAAAUUCCUCUGGUCAACAACAGCCCCUGUGCUGUGUCCUUUUGUCUCUCUGUGCAGCAGACACUUCUAGAUGAGGGUCUUGUUUAUAAUCCUGAGACUGAACCACGUGCUCUACAACUGGACUUUGAGAGGGGAACUAUCGCCCCUCACUCCAUGAUGCUGCUCCCAUCCACUGUCAGACCAUACAGACGAGCCCAGUACCUGUGUAAAAUCAGCUACCAGAUACUGAAUGCCAGUGGGCUUGUGUCGUCCCUUCCACAUGCAGUGUGUGAAGUGAGAGCUAAGGGUGUGGUCCCCAUUCUACAGGUGACAGAUGUUUGUGGUUUUGGCAGCAUUAAAAGACUCGGUAAGAGGCCUCUCUGGAAGAUCUUGUCUUUGGAUAGCCUCAACCACCACCUGCUGUCCACCCCCUCUGCUUCAGAAGUCACUCAUGGAACCCCAACCAGAUACUGUCUGCGCACUUGUCCUUCUACCACUGCGACUAUAUUGGACUUCAACUUUAAUGCUGCUCCCAUGGAUUCAGCCCCGUCAACGUUUGUGCUGAUGUUUGACAACCCUGAUUCCUUCCCUGUUGAUUGGGCUUUCCUGUUUCCAGAAGACCAACAGACUGCACAGUGGGAUCACUGGUCACAGAUAGGAGCAUUCAGCAGCACUGAGCUGUCCAAGUUGAAGGAUCAAGGAAAGCGUCUGUUUAAUGUGUCUCCUCGUUCCGGAACCUUGAUGCCAGGCCAGAAGAAGGCAGUGCGCUUCAGCUACAGCCAUGAAAUUACCGGAAAAAAUCAGCUUCCUGUUGUGUUCACACAAUCCUAUGGCAGAGAGAUAUUGCUCAACUUCCAGGGGUUGACCGUGGAGACGAGCAGAUCAUAUCUCCACUAUGCCUCCAACAAUUAUGUCUUCGGUCCCGUGUUCAUUGGGGACUGCAGUCCUCCGAAGCAGGGGUUCAAAUUACAUAAUGCAGGUGCAUUGCCAGCUCAUUAUGAAGUGGACUCAGCCGUGCUGUUACAGCUUCAGAUGGACAACUUUAACCAUGCAGUGCUGUACUGUGUCAAUCCAGAGGGAGGGGUCCCUCCAGGAGAGCCAGUCAUGCUGGAAUGGAUCUUUUCUCCACUGGAGGCUAAACUGUACCAGAUGGAUAUUCCUAUCCACAUCGACAAUGGGGAUACAACGGUGGUGAGGUUUGAGGGGUGUGGGCUUGCUGCUCCCUCACUGGACAACUCCAGCGCAUGUGACUGCAGUGAUGAUAACUCAGCCGAUCAGGGGGUGCCUGUCCCAGGACAAGUGAGAGCGACUAUGAACAUUGCCAAGACUUCAACAGUAUUUCUGUCCGAGGAAAGUGUGUCUCUCGGCUACAUCCCCAUCUACAAACAAUCUUCAAGAAUCCUCUUCCUCAACAAUGUGUCUGGCACAGACACCGUGCAGUACACAUGGGACAUGUCCCAGCAGAGCGCCCAGCAGGUGGUGCAUUUCCAUCCAGAGCAAGGUAGACUGAGUCCAGGGGAGAUUGCUCUUUGUGUCCUGACUGUCACCGCCACUGACUACCCCACCAUUUAUCAGCUAGAUCUCACCUGUCAGAUUACUCAGGAAGCUGCACUGAAUCAGUAUCAUAAAGCUCUGCACCGCUGGGAGGAAGAAAAAAAGAGACGGGAAGUGGAGUUUGUUAUUACAGACAAGAAGGAAACUCGGUCCCAACGGGAAGAAAUGACAAAGCUACAGGAGCAACCCGAACCACCACACCCUACUCAGUUGCUUCUGGAGGUUACAGCACACUCCUACAGGCCUCAGCAUGUGUUCCUCAGUCAGCUCCAGUCGAUCAAGCACACCGAAGUCUGUCAUGCCGCUGGCAAAGACAUCGUCGUGCACAUACUUAGCACUCUGCUAUGGAACAUACUUGAUGACUUGGACUUCUGCAAGCUUGAACGUCCCAUGAGGACUGCAGUGCGUCCGAAAAAAAUACUCCUAAAACGGCAGCACACUGAACUUGUGCCUGCUGAAUUAAGUAAAACGGUCUUGUCAAGCACCAUCCAGAACCUGAUGAUGGAAGCUGUCAGAGGAGAGCUGGAGCUUACAGGGUAUCCACGCUCUAUUAUCCUGCCACCUGUUUCUCCCGGGUGGAUAUCCAGAGCCAGGGCUGAGCAGAACAGCAAAAAAAGAUUGAGGACUUAAUUUCACCCCCCGACAACUUAUGUAACUUUGUCAUUUUCAAACUGAAAUCACACUUUGCAACAACUGGCAAAUGUUAAAGGUCACAUUUAUUUUAAUUGUUCUGUUUUUAAUUGUUUUAAUUCCAGUUAAGGGGAAAACAAUUAAUAUCUCUCAUAUUGCUUUGCAUUGGAUAAGCAGGAACUAAUUAAAAAGAAUGUUAAUGUUUGUUCACCCUAUUGGCAAGAAGAAAACUCUUUGGCAACACCAAGACAAAAAGCUCCCCCUUGCUUUUUAGUGGGGUAAUGAAUAUUUGGAUGCAUUUCAUGUGGUGAUGCUCCCUCACCUUUUUAUUAUUUUUACACUGUGAGUGUUGAACUCAAAUUGUCACCACAACUUAAACUGGUCAUCAAGUACUGGCUCAUAAUGUCAACUGUUGGGUUUGUUUUUGUCUUUGUAUAAUAUUGAGGUCUGAACUGUAUUGUGUAAAGUGCCUUUACAAAUAAAGUUGAU